CCGGCGGAGAGGUGCCGCUCAGGGGCGUGGCUGCCACCGAGCAUCCUGUGGCUAGCGGAGCCGGAGCUCCAACCCGGCUUUGUUCCGGCCGCUGCCUCCUCCGGCCCCAGGCGUCUGGAUCCCUCUCUCGCCUCCCUGCCGCCUCCUCCUGCCCCCUUCCUUCAUCUGGGCCCGCCACCCCUUCCUCAACCUCUGAGCCCUGACUCUGCCCUCGCUCCUCCCCCAAACUUCUGGCCGGUGCCCUUGCCUGGUAUCCUCCUCUGCACUCCUCCUCCUGCAUCUUCUUCCCCCUGGUCCCCUCGCGGGUCCCGCUUUUCCCAAGGUCCAGGCCUCUCCGCCCAGCCCCGCUCCUCCAGGCCGGGGAUGUCCCCCGCAGGCCCGCGCCCAUGGUCCUGACGCUGCUGUUCUCCGCCCACCGGCUGUGUCGCUUCUUCGCCAUGUCAGGGCCACGGCCGGGCGCCGAGCGGCUGGCGGUGCCAGGGUCGGAUGGGGGCGGUGGCGCGGGCCCGUGGUGGGCUGCGGGCGGCCGCGGGCCCCGCGAGGUGUCGCCUGGGGUGGGCUGCGAGGUGCAGGGCGCCCUGGAGCGCGCGCUGCCGGAGUUGCAGCAGGCGCUGUCGGCGCUGAAGCAGGCGGGCGGCGCGCGGGCCGUGGGCGCCAGCCUGGCCGAGGUCUUCCAGCUGGUGGAGGAAGCCUGGCUGCUGCCGGCCGUGGGCCGCGAGGUGGCCCAGGGUCUGUGCGACGCCAUCCGCCUGGACGGUGGCCUCGACCUGCUGUUGCGGCUGCUGCAGGCGCCGGAGCUGGAGACUCGCGUGCAGGCCGCGCGCCUGCUGGAGCAGAUCCUGGUGGCUGAGAACCGGGACCGCGUGGCGCGCAUCGGGCUGGGCGUGAUCCUGAACCUGGCGAAGGAGCGCGAACCCCUGGAGCUGGCGCGGAGCGUGGCAGGCAUCUUGGAGCACAUGUUCAAGCACUCGGAGGAGACGUGCCAGCAGCUGGUGGCCGCCGGCGGCCUGGACGCGGUGCUGUACUGGUGCCGCCGCACGGACACCGCGCUGCUGCGACACUGCGCGCUGGCUCUGGCCAACUGCGCGCUGCACGGGGGCCAGGCGGUGCAGCGGCGCAUGGUGGAGAAGCGCGCCGCCGAGUGGCUCUUCCCGCUCGCCUUCUCCAAGGAGGACGAGCUGCUGCGGCUGCACGCCUGCCUCGCGGUGGCGGUGUUGGCAACCAACAAGGAGGUGGAGCGCGAGGUGGAGCGUUCGGGCACGCUGGCGCUCGUGGAGCCGCUUGUGGCCUCUCUGGACCCCGGCCGCUUCGCCCGCUGCCUGGUAGACGCCAGCGACACAAGCCAGGGCCGUGGGCCAGACGACCUGCAGCGCCUCGUGCCGCUGCUCGACUCGUCGCGCUUGGAGGCGCAGUGCAUCGGGGCUUUCUACCUCUGCGCUGAGGCUGCCAUCAAGAGCCUGCAAGGCAAGACCAAGGUGUUCUGCGAGAUCGGGGCCAUCCAGAGCCUGAAACGCCUCGUUUCCUACUCCACUAAUGGCACCAAGUCGGCGCUGGCCAAGCGCGCGCUGCGCCUGCUGGGCGAGGAGGUGCCGCGGCCCAUCCUGCCCUGCGUGGCCAGCUGGAAGGAGGCGGAGGUCCAGACGUGGCUGCAGCAGAUCGGCUUCUCCCAGUACUGCGACAGCUUCCGGGAGCAGCAGGUAGAUGGCGACCUGCUCCUGCGGCUCACGGAGGAGGAACUCCAGAACGACCUGGGCAUGAAGUCGGGCAUCACUCGCAAGAGGUUCUGUAGGGAGCUCACGGAGCUCAAGACCUUCGCCAACUACGCCAUGUGCGACCGCAGCAACCUGGCCGACUGGCUGGGCAGCCUGGACCCGCGCUUCCGCCAGUACACCUACGGCCUGGUCAGCUGUGGCCUGGACCGCUCCCUGCUGCACCGCGUGUCGGAGCAGCAGCUCCUGGAGGACUGUGGCAUCCGCCUGGGCGUGCACCGCGCCCGCAUCAUCACAGCCGCCAGAGAAAUGCUACACUCUCCGCUGCCCUGCACUAGCUGCAAGCCCAGUGGGGACACCCCAGAUGUCUUCAUCAGCUACCGCCGGAACUCAGGCUCUCAGCUGGCCAGCCUCCUGAAAGUGCACCUGCAGCUGCACGGCUUCAGUGUCUUCAUUGAUGUGGAGAAGCUAGAAGCAGGAAAGUUCGAGGACAAGCUCAUCCAGAGUGUCAUGGGUGCCCGCAACUUUGUGCUGGUGCUGUCAGCUGGGGCACUGGACAAGUGCAUAGGCGACCAUGACUGCAAGGACUGGGUGCACAAGGAGAUUGUGACUGCUUUAAGCUGUGGCAAGAACAUUGUGCCAGUCAUUGAUGGCUUCGAGUGGCCUGAGCCUCAGGUCCUGCCUGAGGACAUGCAGGCGGUGCUUACCUUCAAUGGCAUCAAGUGGUCCCACGAGUACCAGGAGGCCACCAUUGAGAAGAUCAUCCGCUUCCUGCAGGGCCGCUCCUCCCGGGACUCGUCUGCGGGCUCCGACACCAGUUUGGAGGGUGCUGCACCCAUGGGCCCGACCUAACCAGUCCCCAGCUCCCAAGCCCUGCUGUGACGCCCAUUCCCAUCAUCCUGAGGGAGCAGCUCCUCCACCCGGCCUCCCCGGGCUGAGACCACCUGGGCUCUGCUCAGAAAUGGCUCUCCCUGUCUCUACCCCAUGGCCUGCCUGAAACCCACGUUCCUCAGGGUCUGGGAAGGGAAGGGCAGUGGCGUGGGGAGCAUUACACCUCCCAGGCCCUGUCCUCAGUGCCUCUGUCUCAGGCGUGGGGAGGGUCCCUGCUCAGUUCUGGAGACACAGCAGCCAGCUUGAGGAGGGGAAGGCAGGCAGCCUUCAGCAGGAGUCAGGGCAGGGCCCGGCCCUCUCAGCCUGGGCCCAGGAGCCAGCCGGGGAAGAGAGUCCGACGUGGCUCUCUACCCGGACUGUGCCUGGGUCCUGGGCUCACCACCUCCUUCCGUUCUGUGGCCUUGCCCCACAACCACCUAUUGCCCCUAGCCAUCCCGGCUAGGUCCCGGGUCCCCACCCAGCCUUCCUUUGAUGUGGUCUCCUUAGCCACAUCUGAGGCCAGAGGUGGGCCAAAGGGGCCCUUGCUCUGACUGGUCGGUAACUUGCUGGUGCACAAGAGCCUCCAACUUGGGCCAGGGCCUGGGCCCGGGCACGGAGAGGCCCUGUCUCAAAGCCCACCCUACCCCAGGCCUCGGUGCCGUGCCUCAGGCUCCUGCCUGGUCUGGCCCCCCCCCAGCUGCCCACUCACUCGCUCAGGGACCUGGUGGCCCCCAUGACAGCAACGCUUUGAGCAGCAAGUCUCUAAAACAUGAAUCCCUCGCAAAUCUUUGCCAUUUCCCAAGCACUCCACUCCAUGGUCCCUGCAGUCACCAGGGCAACCCUGGCGGUACUAUCGUCUCCAUUCCACAGAUAAAGACAUUGAGGCUCAGAAAGGCUGAGUGAUAAGCCUCGUUUCCCAAGUCAUUAGUGGCAGUCCCAGAUCCAGACUGAGGCCUCCUGGCACCCGGUCCACUGCGGGGGGACUGCUCUCCCGAGAAAGAUCCUGGGGGCUGCGCCCUGGGCAGGGCUAUUACUUCGUCCCUGCCCCAAAGAAUCCAGCAGUGGGGGGUAGGAUUUUGCAAGGAAAGGCUAACCAGGGGCCAUACAGAGCAGGAAUGUCCCUCUGCCCCUCCUUCCACUGGGGUCAGAAGGCAAGAAAGUACCCUCCCUGCGAUAAGCCCAGACUCCAGCCAGCGGGGCAGCUGGAACCUGCCCUGCCUCUUCCCACCAAGGGCUGCGAGUUCACAUGUCAAGGCUGGCUCAGCUCCCAGCCCCCUCCCUGCCAUGCUGGCCAGGUCACUCCUAGCUCUCGGGGCACAUCAUCAGAGCUGAGGCCUCACCCCAGCUUUGGGACUCCUUCCUUCCACUCCUUUCCCUGCCAAAGGUACUGUCCUCAGCCAGUCCCCCACCCUGACUCUUUGGCUACACUUGAUCCUACCUUCCUCGUGCAGCACAAGGGCUCACCGGUGCCGGUUCCAGGGCUGGGUCGUGGAUGCAAUGAAUGGGGCAGAUCGGACACUGCCCUCACAGUAACAAUACAGUGUAUGAGUAUCUCCAGG